GUUAAACAAACGCUUACGCGGACGACGGCUUCCCAUCACUUCUCAUGACUAUUCUGGUCUUCAAUUGAAUGUCUACCUGUAUGAGAGACUUCGCCAUCCAGCCUUCCUACCUAUCUAGCUGGAAAGACUGAUGUAUUCUCAGGCGCCCUUGAUUGUUUUGUACAAACAACUCUCCAGAUAUCAUGCACAGUGAAUCGCAGGCAGCCAACACACAAUCCGGUCUUUGAUUGUCUUGGGAGCUGAACAGCACACUGCGUCCCAACAGUGAUCCUCUACUCACGACAUCAUGGUUAUGCACAAGACACCCUUGCCAUACCCCACAGGCUCUCUACCACAGCCUAAUUUCUCUUCUGACGACGUCUCUAUGCAACCCAGCCUAAUCCCCGAUUCGACAGAACUCCCUCCCGUCACGAGAUCUCCGCGAGACCGACAGCGCGGAUUCCAGGAUUCACACAACCCUUGGUCGAAUGUCUCUACGCAUCAGUUAAGGGCAGACCGACCAUUGCCAGAUAUUCUGAAGCCAGGUGGUGCCCGGACGCAGGAUGACAGCCAAACCCCGGCAGGACAGAAUUCAUUAGCAAAUAUUCCAAACAUUCUAAGAGCAGGGCAGUCUCAAGGAGAUACACCGAGGUCGUCACUAGACAGCGACCGGUCGAAGGGCUUCUGGGAAGAGUCAGAUGAAGAAGAUGGAGGGAACAAGAGUCCUGAAAGGCCUGGAGCAUCAGUUCCAGAUAUCGAGAGAAGUCACGACCCAUGGAUUAAUGUGGAGGCUGCAGAGAAAUCUCCAGGGAUAAGGAGGAAACCAGUCGCUGGUGGUCUGAGUCCUGGUCCAGGUCCAACAUCGCCUGCUCUCGAAGCAGACACAGCAUUUGCUUCUAACAAUCCAUUUAGGCGGCCGUCAUAUUCUCAGUCGGCUGAGAAUGGCGGUCCUCAAGAGGACAAAGGCAAGUCUCCUGACAGAGGAGAAACUGGGCCCUUCAUGAAUCAAUUCCAGGACCUCAGCAUUGGUAAUAUAGGCGCAGCCCGGCCGCUCAACAAUGGUCUCACUGGACCAGAAUUACCAGCUGUGAAACGGCAGGAUGACAUGCCGAGUCUACAACCUCCCAUGCCACAGGCUCCUCCUCCUCCACCACCACCUCCACCUACAGAGUCCUUCUCUCCCUUUAGUUCACAGCCCCCUCUGAUUCCAGUUUCAUCCGAGUCAAAUCAUAUAGAAAACCCGUGGGCAGCUCAUCACAAUCUGGUUCCCUCGGCAGCGUCACCAAUCCCUUUCGCGCCGUCACAGAAACAAGUCUCGAGCUACAAUGAUGACUUACUAGACCGUGGUCACCAAAAUAUCGGAGUCGUGUCCCUCAAGGACGAAUUAGAGACCUUGCCGAACGCUGCGACCACUAACCAAGUCACUCAUGACGAGCCUUCUUUACUAGAGGAGGACGAUGAGACUGGGCCUUCUCUGCCGACACGACCGUCUCAGCGUUCGGACACAGAAUAUUACGAUCCACCUGACGGUCCUCCCCCGUCAAAAGCUCCGCGACCGAGCAUACGUAUGACGGCCCCCUCGGAAGAAGAGGUCGCAAAGAUGAUCGAACAGAGGAAUGAGACAUAUCAGAUCAAGCACUUCAACUGGUUUGAUGUUAGUUCUCGCAGGUUGCGGAGAUCUUCAAUGUUGACGCAGAACAAGAACGGACCAUGCCCGCUACUUGCCUUGGUCAACGCUCUGAUUUUGGGAGCGCCGAAUGAAUCACAAGCGGUUCUGGAUGAAGCACUUCGGUCACGGGAGCAAGUAACACUGGGCCUCAUUAUCGAGACACUCAUGGACGAGCUGCUAUCUCGAGGGUACGAAAACGUUGGAGCGAACCUCCCAGACGUGGAUGAGUUGAACAGCUUCUUGAUGCGACUACGCACCGGUAUGAAUGCAAACCCGAGGUUCGUUCCAUCAUCAGCACCACUCCCAAGUCUACUGGAUCUCGAUGACUCCAUGCCUAGCGUGCCUCAAGAAGAUCAAGCACGGUCUAGACUAGGGACAUUCGAGUCGACCACCGACAUGAAGCUUUAUGGCGCCUUUUCCGUUCCUCUUGUCCAUGGCUGGCUUCCAGAACCUAGUUCGGACGCACACAAAGCGUUCUCCCGAUCAGCACAAACCUAUGAGGACGCCCAAGCCUUACAAUUCGGUGAGGAAGAACUAGAGUAUAAGCUCACGAGAGAGGGCUUGACGCCAACAGAACAGAACAUGUGGGAAGAUAUCAAUGCGAUCAAAAACUUCCUACAUACUUAUCCGACACAGUUGACGCCGACAGGCUUAAAGGCGGUCCAAAGUUCAAUACCUUUAGGAAGCUUUGCUAUCAUGUUUCGGAAUGACCACUUCAGCACGAUCUACAAGCAUCCUGAGAGUGGUCUCCUAUUCACGUUGAUCACCGAUGCCGGAUAUGCGGAUCGUGACGAGGUCAUCUGGGAGAGCCUUGUUGACAUAGCGGGCACACACAACGAAUUCUUUUCGGGUGAUUUCAUGCCUGUCAGCCAUAGUGAUGGAGUGGAUGAUUCUCGAAGGCAUCCAGCUUCACGACGAACCUCUCAGUUGUUACCAGCAGGCGACCCAGGAUCUGCAGCUCCGCUGUCACCACAAGAACAACAAGAACAGCACGAUGCCGACUUUGCCAUGGCACUACAGCUACAGGAGGAGGAGGAACAGAGGCAGCGAGCCGAUAGAAAUCGUCGUAGAAGUACUCCCGCGACUUCCACUAACAACAACAGCGGGCAUAGCGGCAACAACAAUGGCCACGGCAGUGACAGCGCUCCCCGCCGGUCGACAGGUAAUAUUCCGAUACCACUAAGGUCGCAGCCAGAGGUGCGGCCAGCAAUCCCACCACGCAAUGCCCGUGCCGCAAAUCCAGGCGUCAAUCGACCGAUUGAUUCGGCAGACGAGGCUCCGCCACCUACAUACGACGAAGCUGCCAAGGGACGUCCGUAUAUCCCUCCAGUCGGUAGUCCACUUCAUCCUGCAGCAGAGCCCAGCCCUUUCAAUUCGAGCACACAGCUUUCGGGGACAAUCAGUAAUACUUCAGGCCCAAGUCUGGAGCAGCCGCAUCCACCCGGGCCGAAUGCACCGGUGAUGGGUGGCAGGAGACAACCGGGUCGGAGGUUGAGUGCGUACAACGAAACGAGUUCGUAUUACCCACCACAGCAGCAGCAGCAGCGUAUGCCGGGCGGGUACAUGUCUCAGCAGGGUGUAGGUGCUGGACCAUCAAGGCCUGCUGCAAACAUGCAAGGCCGGGACCGAGAUUGCAUUGUGAUGUGAUGAGGUACAGUGGUAGCAGAUAGGACCGGGUCAGCGCGGCGUUGAGCGGCGAUUUACAUCAUUAUUGUCCGUGGGACGAGAGCACGCCAACACCUUGGGCAAAACUUUUUACGAGUAUGUAAUGGGCAGGUAAAUGAUAAGAAAGUCAUGAUUACUCCAUGAAUGAA